ACUGCCACAGCACUGAUCUCCUAUUGGUUAGGAGAGCCCCAGCGCGUCCAAUCACCAGAGGACUCCUCUGUUCAGAGUGACCCCGCAGCCAAUGGCAAGCUAGAAGAGGGCGGAUCUUGUUUGCGCUUCGGUCCCUGAAGGAGAGAGAGGAGGCGGAGCUGAAUUGACGAGACAAAACUGGAUUAUCCUUGUUGAAGAGAAGAUUCAACGAUGGAGCCUGUCCAUAUUAAAGAGGAGAGUCCUGUACUGGAAUCAGUCCAUAUUAAAGUGGAGAGUCCUGUGCUAGAAUCAGUCCAUAUUAAAGAGGAGAGUCCUGUACUGGAAUCAGUCCAUAUUAAAGAGGAGAGUCCUGUACUAGAAUCAGUCCAUGUUAAAGAGGAGAGUCCUGUGCUAGAAUCAGUCCAUAUUAAAGAGGAGAGUCCUGUACUGGAAUCAGUCCAUAUUAAAAAGGAGAGUCCUGUACUAGAAUCAGUCCAUAUUAAAGAGGAGAGUCCUGUACUAGAAUCAGUCCAUAUUAAAGAGGAGAGUCCUGUAUUAGAAUCAGUCCAUAUUAAAAAGGUUAUUCUCAGUUCUAAACCCUUAAGCAGCUUGAAGGGCUCUCUUCCCUGUCCUGGAUGUGGGGAGAGUUUUAAUCCUGAAGGAAACCUUGAAACAUCUCCUGGAAAGACUCUGCAUCGCUGUGCUGGAUGUGUGAAGACUUUCAGGGAGUCAGGAAUCCUGAACGGACAGCAGCAAACAGGCACUGGAAAGACUCCAUAUAACUGUCAUGAAUGCGGGGCAGAUUUCAGACACCACAGCACCGUGAAACACCACCUGCGAGUUCUGAAGGUACAGCUGGGUUAUCCUUGUGAAAGGCAGGAUUCAGAGAUGGAGCCUGUCCACAUUAAAGAGGAGCUUCCUGAACUAGACCCUGUCCAUGUUAAAGAGGAGGGUAACCAUUUUAAAACAAGCAGCUUGCAGGGCUCUCUGUCCUGUACAGAAUGUGGAAAGAGUUUCAGACAGUUAAAAAACCUGAAACUUCACCAGCAAAUCCACACUGGAGAGAAACAAUAUGUCUGUUCUGACUGUGGGAAGAGUUUCAGUCAGUCAAGCCAUUUGAAGAGACACCAGAGAAUUCACACAGGAGAGAAACCUUAUUUGUGUAGUAAAUGUGGGAAAAGUUUCAAUCAGUUAGCGCAUCUUAAAAACCAUCAGUUAAUUCACACAGGAGAGAAGCCACAUCACUGUAAUGACUGUGGGAAGAGUUUCAGACAGUCAGGUGACUUUCAAAUACACCAGCGAAUUCACACAGGAGAGAAACCGUAUACCUGCGCUUACUGUGGGAAGAGUUUCAGAUGGUCACAAAGCCUGAAACUUCACCAGCGAAUCCACACUGGAGAGAAACUACAUGUCUGUGCUGACUGUGGGAAGAAUUUCAGGAAGUCAAACCAUUUGAAAAGACACCAGCAAAUUCACACAGGAGAGAAACCACAUUCGUGUAGUAAAUGUGGGAAAAGUUUCAUUCAGUUAGCACAUCUUAAAAAUCACCAGUUAAUUCACACAGGAGAGAAGCCACAUCACUGUUAUGACUGUGGCAAGAGUUUCAGACAGUUAGGCAACUUGAAAUUGCACCAGCGAAUUCACACUGGAGAGAAACAAUAUGUCUGUGCUGAGUGUGGGAAGACUUUCAGAUGUCUACAAAACCUGAAAAUUCACCAGCAGAUCCACACUGGAGAGAAACCACAUGUCUGUUCUGAGUGUGGGAAGAGUUUCAGACGUCUACAAAACCUGAAAAUUCACCAGCAAGUCCACACUGGAGAGAAACCAAAUGUCUGUGCUGACUGUGGGAAGAGUUUCAGCCUGCCAUGCACUUUGAAAACACACCAGCGAAUUCACACUGGAGAUAAACCUUAUCUGUGUAGUAAAUGUGGGAAGAGUUUCAAUCAGUUAUCACAUCUUAAGAACCACCAGUUAAUCCACACAGGAGAGAAGCCACAUCACUGUAAUGACUGUGGGAAGAGUUUCAGACAGUCAAGCAACUUUAAAUUCCACCAGCGAAUUCACACUGGAGAGAAACCGUAUGUCUGUGCUGACUGUGGCAAGAGUUUCAGAGAUUUACAGCACCUGCAGCUUCACCAACGAAUUCACACUGGAGAGAAACCGUAUGUCUGUGCUGACUGUGGGAAGAGUUUCAGUCAAUCAAGAUCUUUGAAAAUCCACCAGUUAAUUCACACAGGAGAGGAGCAACAUCACUGUAAUGACUGUGGGAAGAGUUUCAGAUGGAUAUACAGCUUGAAAAGGCACCAGCGAUUCCACACAGCGGAGAAACCUGAUCACUGCAGUCCGGUUCUCUUAAAAGACACAAAUGCAAGUUGUGAAAGUUUAGGUAGAAUGUGAGUGUGUGUUCAUUCACCCUCAGAAAUGCCAGCCUUUUCAAAUAUAAGCUUAAUAUAAAAACUGUGAGAACUCUUUUGAAUGUCUACAAAUGAGACACAUUUAUUGAUAUUAAACACAGUGCUCUGAAGCUGUUACAUUAUAAAGUACAUUCUUAGCAUGCAAUCCAUUGAAUAUACAGACGCCUCGGAGCGUUGUGUGAUACGAGGCGAAGCCGAGUGCCUCCAACCCCUGAGAAGUCUGUAUAUUCAACGUAUACGGUGUGGGAGAAAUUCAUAGUUGUAAUUGAAUGUACUUUAUAAAAUGACAUUUCAAAUCUUAAACUGUGAGGCUUAAGAUGCUGUGAUGUUAAUUAAGUGUGUCUUCCCCCAACCUUCUCCCAUAACACUCGAGAUCUGCUUCAAAGGACUGGAUAUUAGUAACAGAGGGUCAUAAAUAUUUAAAUUGGUUUCAGUUCAGAUUACCUGCCAGUCUGGUCUAAACAAACAGAGCUGAUACUUAUCUGUUAAUUAAGAAAGUCUGUCUGAAAGCUAGGAUACAACUUUCUUGCUAUAAAGGGUUAAGAAGUGCGACACCUGGUGGAUACGAGGUGCCAUGACUUUGCCCAUUAUAUGAAUUGUUACGGUGAAACAUGGAAUGUUUGAGUAGAAAUUCCUAAUUUCCUUAUUCUAAAAGUGAACUGAAAAACAAACCUUUACGAGGGUGUAAUAUUAACUUGUUUAGCAAGCUCAGGGAUUUAGAUUUACUGAAACUGUCAGAUUGAAAUGUAACAAGUAAUAACUGAUUUAAAUGUGUUUUAGAAUCAUUUUAACCCUUUGCGGUCCAUUUAUUCAGCGCGUCUCGGGCGUGUCAGGUUCAAUUUAUUUUCACACGUGCAGUUUAUUUUAGACACGCUGUUUAAAAGUAUUUGUUUUCACAGUAAAACAGUUUUAAAAGGCACUGCAUAUCAACAGGACUCUCAGUACUGCAUCUCCAGCCCCGCCCCCUCCCCUUGUUCGCUGUCAAUGCCUCUUAAUAAUACUACAUAUUUUUCACAUACCUCUUGAUAGUGCAUACCGAUAAAUCAUCUCCUGAUCACUCGUUUUAUCACCAAACUCCUCAAUACUGCGAUCCAAGACAUUCGUUUAUUACUAUAACAUCUAAAAAAAGCUCUGCAGAUGUCUGUGAUGUUCUUUGAGCGCUGGAUGCGGAAGCAGCUAUCUGGUUUGUGUAUGUCCGUGUUAUCUAUGUGGUGUCGGGUCUAUCAGUAUUCAUGAGAUACGCCCCUAUCGGUCUCACUCGGCCAUUGAAUGGUUUUCUCAGCUUUUUUCCGGAGAAAAAACGACUAGAGACCUGUUUAUUGUGUCUUUUUGAUGAUGUUGGACAGGGUCCGACAUCGGACCGGAACGGAAAAUUGCAAUGUCAGACCAGGUCUGACAUAGGACCACAAAGGGUUAAUAACAUCUUACGGACGCAAGUUUAAAAGUUAUUUCAGUAUGUUUUCCCAAUAAAAUGUAAAUGUUUAUUGUGUUUUAAUGAAGUUAAAAGUGAAAAUGAUUCAUUACUUACGUUACUUUAUUUUAAUUAUUGUAUAAUGUGUUUAACAUGCUGGAAACAGGCAUCUUGUUCGGGGAAUUAAACUGACAUUUUUAU